GAAGCAGAAGUCGCAGGUGGGAGCUGAGCCAGCAUUGUAAACCAAACUGCAGCCAGAUUAGCUGAACAGUUCGUGUGAGAUCAUCAGAAGGUGCUCAGUGACCUCCUUCAUCCUCUGAAGAUGGUCAAUCAGUGCUGCGUGCUGAGGUGCCCGAGCAAAGCCAAGCGCACCACUAAGCGCUUCCACAGGUUCCCUAAAGACCUGAACAUCUGCAGACUGUGGCUCUCAGUCAUAAAGCACCGACUGGCCUCAGAGAACAUAAACAGAGACAGUGUGAAGAACCUGCGGGUGUGCAGUGAUCACUUCUUACCGGAGGAUUACAGAGAGAGAUCCUUAAAUAACUCGCUCAACGCUGCAGCUGUGCCUUCGGUUUUCCCGUGGAGUUUAACGUUGCCUCCUCAGAGCAGUGAAGCAGGGGUCCAGGACUGUGGCCCAAAAGAUGAGCCAAGUCCAGCCCUGAGAAUGCCCCAACCUGAUCAUAAAUUCCCACACACCGAUCAACAGCAUUCAACAUCAGCAUCAUCUUGCACCGUCUUGGCUCAGCGAACGCGGAGUGAAGUAAGACGACAGAAGGUGUUUUCCGAAAAAGAAAAUACACCUACUCCACUCUCAACAUGUUCCGAGGUGGAAGAGAAAUCAUGGUGUAAAGCUGUCAGGAGCCUUCAGUCAUAUCAAGGGACUAACAUUUUUAAGGGCAGUGAGGUGCUGGUGAGCACACAGUGUUUGCUGGAGCUCUUCCAGUACUGCUCGCUCUGUCAGAUAGAGAGCUGCAUUACCAUUGAGGGCCAUGAGAGGCAGUUUUCAAUUACCCAGGACUGCCAGAGCUGUGGCUAUCACAGACAGUGGAGGAGUCACCCCACUCCCGCUGACGAACCUGCGGAGGCCUUAAAUACGCAGCACAAAGACCCCGAGGAGGUCAGACAUGAAGAACACACAGAACAUGAAGACAUCCUUCACAAAGAGCAUGAGGAUGAUGAUGUAGCAACGUCCCCAAAGGUAGAACGUGCAGCAGAACCUGGGGACAGGGAAGAGAAUGAGGUUGAGGUUCAGAUUGCAUCAUCAGAUGAUGAGGGCACUGAACAGAACUGUGAGCAGAAUGAUGAGUCGUAUUCAUCAAGUACUGAGGAGGAAACAAGUGAGCAGGAAGAAGUGGAGAAAAAAGGAAAGAGGAAGUCUAAGAAGCAGGACAGUUCGGAUGAGUGGGAACCACAUUUAGGUGAAGUAGCAACAGACUCCGAUGUAUCCGUGGAUGAAGACAGCACUUUAAUAGAGGAUGGUCAAGGUAAGGUGGUGAUGUGGUGCACAGUCUGCAGGACUGACGCUACGCUCUCCUGUUCCCUCCAUCGCCACAAAAAAGUGUUCGCCUGUGCCCAGUGCGGCGCUGGUGACGACGUCGAGACUCAUCAUUUUGAUAAACUACUUGUUCACUUUGAUGACUUUGCCAGCUUUCAGAAACAUGCUGAAAAGGAGCAUGGAGCCAAACCAUUUCGCAAGCUCUGCCAGGAAUGUGGCAAGCUUAUUUUAGCAGAACCCAAAUCCAGCGGUUGUAAAGAUCAUAUAUGUGAACACAAGACCAAACCUAUCGUCUGUCCAGAGUGUGGGAAAAGAUUCCUUACUGAGGUCGGCCUUAAGGGACACUGCAGUAGACUUCAUAAGGAUGCUGACCACCCGUGCAAAUACUGUUUGAAGCUCUUCACGAACAGGCCAUCAAAGCUGGAGCAUGAGCAGACCCAUCCGAAGGAGAAACAGCCAUACAGCUGUCCAGACUGUCCAGAAAGGUUCGACAACAUUCACAAACGCAACAGCCACCUCAAGCUCCAUAGAGGUCCGUAUAAGUAUGCCUGUGACACUUGUGGGAAGCGCUUCAGGGACAUCAUUAUGCUGAAGAGACAUAAACUCAUUCACUCUGGAGAAAAGCCCUUCAGGUGCCAGGUGUGCGACCGUUCCUUCAACCAAAUGAGUAAUCUCAGCUCCACAUGCGUCUCCACACCGGGGAGAAGCCCUUCAUGUGUGAGCAGUGUGGAGAGUGUUUCAACCACAAUGUCAGCUUGAAGAACCACCUGAUGCGAUAUCAUCAUGCAGCUUUGUCUCAAACAGAGACACUAAGUGCCAAUAUGAUCCAGAGAGCAGUGCACAGUGAAUAGAAUUUUGAACAGUGGUUGCCUUGAUGAAGGCACAGAGUGGACUAGUGAAAUAUGUAGCUUUAAAAUAGUUUUGUUCAUGUUCUCUUUAAGUCCACUAAAUUCAAUGAUGGCUUUUAGCUGAAACAACAACAGGGAGCCAUAAACACUAAAGCGGCUGAAUGGGGCCUACCAUGGAGCCAAACACUUAAAAAGAGACUGAAUUAUAUGAGUCAGACUGAGAAGUACAGUGCUGUGCAAAAUGUGUGGUAUGCUUGGUAAAGAUAAAGAAGAAAGGCUAUGAAACAAUUUCAUCCGGUGCUUAUUUUGUUGGAUUUCUCAAAUAUUUACAGUGCAAGAUUAAGCUGUAAAACAAAAACAUUUUCUUCGUUCCACUUUUCCCCCAAAGGGCACAAGUUAUUCUAAAUUCCUCUCGCCUAGUCGGCUGUUUCACAACACAGGACACCAAAAGUGAUUGCCCCAUAGUACUGGCCCUUAUGUCUCCUUAUUAUGGACAGGCUUGACCCCAGUUUGAUAUCUAUAAACAGUUUCAGGCUGUGUAUCCAAAACAGCAACAUCCUCACAAUAGGUUGGCUAAAUCUUUCAUCUGAAGAAUGCUUAAUGUUGAAGAAGCUGGUUAGUGCAUGGAGUAAAAUAGCUAGUAAGUCUUAGCUAAAGCUGUGGCUUACCCUCUUUACCCUCUAGUUAUUCUUCAGGGAAUUUCAGUUUAAAUAAAUUUUCCCAAAAGGUGUUUAAAACAUUCGAUAUCUCUGAGUACUUAAGCAGGUGCCUGACCUGUGGCAGCCUUGAAAAUGCUGGUUCGUUCUGUGGAUGGUUGUCAAAUCUGUGUGUGUAUUGUCUAAUCGACUGUUAGACCAGGUUUUUUUACCAACCUUGCAUGUAGAUAUUAAUGGUCUGAACCGCACAGAUUCUUCAAAAGAUUUAUCACACCUAAUUUGAAGAAGAAAUGCUUGUGUAGACUUAUUUAAGCUUUACUCUUGACUGUACAUUUACACUGUUCCUUGUGGUGGAAAUUUCAUUUACCAUGAUUUACUAAUUACUUCAAGGACUUUAGUCGGUUCAUGUAAAAACAGUUUUUUGCACUCAUAUGUAAAAAUAAACCACAUAUAAAUAUUAUUCAUUAUUUUUAAUAAGAAUUUAUGGUUAACACAUGAACAUUCAUCCAACCACUAUGGACAAAACAUAAUUCAAAUGUAAAUAUGCUCUUUUUUUCAAGAUCACCCUAAUGUCAUUAGCCAAUCUCAGUUUGUUGUGUGUCAUAACAUCUCAAUGCCUGUAAGUUUGGCUCUCGGGCUUUUCAUCCGUUUAAAAAUAUUCCACAAAAGCAACAAUGGCAGAGCUCAUAAUGUAGAUGGCAAGGGUUUGCAUUCUGUACAACUGGGGUCCAGUUUUAGUAGGUGAUUAGUCGAAUUUCAUCUUCUAUGCCAAAUCUCAAGAGGUUGAUUGGACUUCUUGUGUAAUUGAAUUAAUCUGGCUUUUCUUUGGCAUUUUUAGGUGAUUAAAAAUGCAGAUGUUUGUCCUGCCAAAAAGUACAAAACUUCU